GAGGAGUUCCAGGACCACCCGACCAUCAACUGGGACGCGAUUUUAUGGGUGAGGAGGCCCUUGGAACUGUGGGUCGUCCAGGUGAUACUGGCAAUGGUAUCGCUCACCGAAGCGCUGCUGCUCGCCUAUCUGGGUUACAAGGGAAACGUCUGGCAGCAGCUUCUCUCUUUCCACUUCAUCCUGGAGCUGGUCAACACCAUCCCCUUCACCAUCACGCUACUUUACCCUCCAAUGCGAAAUCUGUUCAUUCCGGUGUUCCUAAACUGCUGGUUGGCGAAACAUUCUUUAGAAAAUAUGUUCAACGACCUACACAGAGCCAUGCAGAAAUCUCAAUCAGCUUUAAGCCAGCAAUUGAUGAUCCUCAGUGCAACGUUAUUGUGCCUUGUCUUUACUAGCGUAUGCGGGUUCCAACACUUUCAGAGAGCGGGACACAGGCAUCUGAAUCUGUUCCAAAGCACAUACUUCGUCGUGGUCACGUAUUCCACGGUCGGUUACGGUGACUUUGUACCUGACAUCUGGCCCUCGCAGCUUUACAUGAUCAUCAUGAUCUGCGUCGCUCUCAUAGUUCUACCUACUCAGUUCGAGCAGCUGGCGUUCACGUGGAUGGAGAGGCAGAAGCUGGGCGGCUCGUAUUCUUCCCACAGGGCCCAGAGUGAGAAACACGUGGUGGUCUGCAGCACAACGUUACAAGCCGACACGAUCAUGGAUUUCCUCAACGAAUUCUAUGCUCAUCCUCUGCUCCAGGAUUACUACGUGGUAUUAUUGUCACCCAUGGAGCUGGACACGACGAUGAGAAUGAUAUUGCAAGUACCUAUUUGGGCGCAGCGAGUGAUCUAUAUCCAAGGAUCGUGUCUGAAAGACAGCGACUUAACUAGAGCCAGAAUGAACGAGGCUGAGGCCUGCUUCGUCCUAGCCGCGAGGAACUACGCAGACAAGACGGCUGCCGACGAGCACACGAUACUCAGGUCGUGGGCGGUGAAGGACUUUGCGCCGAACGUUCCUCAGUACGUUCAGAUCUUCCGUCCGGAGAACAAGCUUCACGUGAAAUUCGCAGAGCACGUGGUAUGUGAGGACGAGUUCAAGUACGCUCUUUUGGCGAACAACUGCACCUGUCCUGGCGCCUCGACCCUGGUCACCCUUUUAUUGCACACGUCCAGGGGACAGGAAGGGCAGCAGUCGCAGGAGGAGUGGCAGAGGCUGUAUGGUAAAUGUUCCGGCAACGAGAUUUAUCACAUUAUUCUCGGGGAUUCACGGUUCUUCGGCGAGUACGAGGGAAAAUCCUUCACGUACGCGUCUUUCCACAGCCAUCGUAAAUAUGGGGUAGCGCUGGUCGCUGUCAGGCCGGCGGAACUGCCGGAAUUUUACGAAGACACUAUCCUAUUAAAUCCCGGUCCUCGUCACAUAAUGAAGAAGACGGACACCUGUUACUACAUGAGCAUCACGAAAGAGGAGAACUCUGCGUUCGUAGUGGCGAACAACCAGACCAGCGGCACGGAGGGGACGCAGGUGGUCGUCGAGACGAAGACCGACGUGACCGUGAACAGCGCCUCGACGAGCAACACGACGACCAACAACACGACGACGACGAUGAACUCUGGUACCGGAGCUGGGACGACCACGACGACCACGACGAUUUCGACGAGCUGCAUCGCCGGUGGUGAUGGGAACGGUACAGCAAACAAGCCCGGUGCCAACGAGCACCGUCGUUAUUUCAACGGUUGUAACAAUGCGCUGAACGAAACAGCUUGCUGCAGACAGGAGGCGACCUGCACGGGGCCCCGUGGACAGACCGUGCACGGUACACAGGCGCACAGGGCCCCACAGGUUAUAUUGCAGGUCCUCCCUAGCACGCCCACACCACUCGAACACCACAACAUACUCGCAUCCGAUGUCCACCGUGAGUGUCGCAUGCCGCUUGCCUUUAACUCUCUCUCUCUCUCUCUCUUUCUUGUAUUAAUUAAUUCCUUCUAUAUCGAAUCGUACUUUUUAGUAUUUUAUAUUCGCGGUAUGGUCGUAUUUAAUUUAUUACGUUUUAUUAAUCGAUGUUGGAAAUUUAAUUUACGAAAGGUAAUGUGACUCUUCACCUGGUAGAUUCUAAUUGUACUCGUAUGGCUUAUUUGCUAGCAGAAUCCUGAAUUCACCCUUAAACAAUUAAAACAGUUAGGCUACUUCCUCUGAUAAGGAAAAGUGAAAAAGUGAGAUUGGAAAAAUGAAUAUUUCAUCGUGUAUAAAAUUAAUUAUAAGCUGCAUGCUGUAAAUUGAAAUUUUAAUAAUUUUUUAUAAUCCUUAUUAUAUUUUUCUACCAACGAGUAUGUUGUAAAUAUAAGUUUACUCCUCGAUCGUUUCUCGUAUGAAUAAAAUUAUUUUACACGAGAGGCUUUAGCAUGGCUUCGCAACCCGACGCAAGUUCUUUUUUUAUUCCUAUUACCGUGGCUGCAUGUUGUUCUCCGAAUGCUCCAGGCACGAAGGCUAAAAAAUUCGAGUUUCAAUUUCGGUCCGAAGCUCUUUUAUUAAAAUAAUCUCUCGGGGCUACAAUUAACACUUACAGUCUUGUGUGACGCAACUAUCGAAAACUACGGUGGAUAUCAAGAUUAAGAUUAUCUCAAAUUGUGUAAAUAUACAGGAUUUGAAAACAUGUAUAAAUAUUCCAAAACUAGUGUAAGAUAUUGAAAUGGGAGGUUCCUCACAUAAUUUUAAAU